CGGACCUGUUCGGGUCGGUCCCAUUCAGUUAGUAUUGGACAGAUGAACAGCCUUAGGCACAAGAGAAGCCAAACUGUAGAGACCUCAGAGAUCGGAGAUGGACCGUCCUGUCGGAUCUGUAGGCGCCUCUGAGAUGGAAGCUCAUGUUUUUUUUGGGAUCUGUACAAAGUUAGGAUAAUGCUGAAGAUGAUGAAUACAGUGUCUCCUAUGCUAACCGAGAGUAUAUGAGAGCUUGAUUAGCCUUCUUUAAUUUCCAGAUGGAUCCAGGUACUGUUCAUCGGCAUCCUUAGUCUAUGUUUGUUUUUCUGUGUGAUCUCCUAAGUCUGUUCCUGCAAAUCGCUCCUGAUUCUUCAUUUAAUCGUUCGUCUAAGAGAUGAAACUGGGAAUAAGAUGGCAAGAUUUAAACACAAAUCAUUGGAUUUUUUUUCCCAAUAUUGCCCGAAUCUGUUAUUCACCACAUAUUAUUGUCAUUUGUUCCAUUCAAAGUUAUUGCCCGCACAUCGGUGUUCUCAAAGUCCUGGAAUAGCAUUUGGUCGAAUUACAACGCCCAUUCAUAGUUCAUGCUCAAAUGAUCUUGGAUCAAUGUAUGUUUCGAAAAGUUUUGCAUACACAAAAUGCAUAUAUGUUUCUCCACCCUUUCCCCGGAGAAGAAUUCCCUUAUUAUGGAUCAGUGGUUGGGGGCAGCCAUUCAAAGGAAUGUUUCGGAGCUAGUGAUUGAGGUUAAAUGUUGUAAGGACGGGGCUCGGUAUUCUCUUCCGGAGGACAUAUUCUUUUCCCACCCGCUAAAGGUCAUAUCCUCGGUACGGGCCAAAAGUCUAGGGUCUUGGCUAACCACGUCUUUCCAAGUUCUCUUAAGUAUACAUCUUCCCACGUUUCCGCCCACCACUGAAAGCCUCUCACAUCUCCGCACUGGAGCGUCAACAGUCAACACCACGCCGUUUCACAUGCCCAAACUACCUCAACCUAAUUUCCCGCAGCAUACUCUCCACAGAAGCCACUCCCAACCGUUCGUCAAUAAUGUCGUUCCGAUUCCUAUCUAAGCUCGUCUUCUCAUACAUCCAACGUAGCAUCCGCAUCUCCGCAACAUGUAGCUGGUGAAUAUUAAGUGCCCAGUACUCUACUCUGUGUAGCAUGGCUGGUCUCACUACGGACCGGUAGAACUUCCUUUUCUUCCUUGCCGAAAUUUCUUGUUAGAGAGUGCCCCUGAAGUCAUCUUCCGCUUGGCCCAAACAGCUUACGAUGAGCAACAUAAGCUUCUAUCUCCCCAUCAGCCUGGACGAUCAAGUCCAAAAAAUGAAAUUUGUCUCUCUUAGGCACUGGAUGAGAAUCAAUCCGAACCUUCAUGUCUAUGUCGAUUGCUCCACCUGAAACAACAUUCCAUGCAUUCAGUUUUAGUUCUACUUCACUUGAAAUCUUUCAAUUUCAAGGAAAAGCGCCACAACUCUUACCAUUAAGUUCAUCCCAUGUUUUAUCAGUUAGGCAAAUUCUACCGUGGAUCUAAGGUCCAUGGUGUACCUACAGAUGAGGUUGAUAAGCAUUUGCUUAAUGUUGAGAUAAACAUUUUAUUUUUAUUUAAAAAAAAUUAAAAAUCUAAUUUUAUUUGAGAAGAUCCACAAAAUUUUUGUAGAUGUUAGGUGCAACAAAGAACCACUCUAUCAACAUAGUAUCAUCAACAAAAAGCAUGCACCAUAGACCUCUAUCUAUUACCAAAGCAAAUAGAAAGUGUAAGUGCAGAUAAACCCUACGACUCUAGGGUCAUCAGACUCCCCAAAUUCCCAUUGUCUUCUUUUCACGAGUCGAAAGCCCUAAACUUUCCCUUUGCUCUGCCUGAUCGAUUUUAUGCUACAAAAUCAGCUGAAGAUGACCAUCAAUGUAGUGUCUCAUAUGCUGACCGAUAGUAUAUAUUUGCUUGCUUAGGCUUAUUUCCAGAUGGAUUGAGGUACUGUUUAUCGUUGUUCUUAAUUUAUGUUUGUUUUUCCGUGUGAUAGCUAGUCUGCUUUCUGUAAAUUGCUUCUGAUUCGUAUGUUAAUCGUUUGUCUAGCAGAUAAAAUUGGAAUCAAGAUCGCAAGAUAUGACGACAGUUUGUUGGAUUUUUUUUUCAAUUCUUCCUGAUUCUGUUAUUCAUCACAUAUUGUCAUUUCUUCCUUUCAAACAUAUUGCCCGUACUUCUGUGUUGUCGAAGGUCUGGAAUUGCAUUUGGUCAAAUUACCCCAACAUCGAUUUCGAAUUGCAUCAGGAGCUUUACAUGGGUACACGUCCUCGAGGACGCCCUUUCUUAGAUCAUGUUCAAAAUUUUUUUGAUCAAUGCCUGUUUCGAAAAGCAUGCAUACAUAAAAUGCAUAUACACAUCUCUGUCUUUAACCUGAAGAUGUAUUCCCCCAUUAUGGACCAAUGCUUUGGGGCAGCCAUGGAGAGGAAUGUUUCUGAGCUAGUGAUUAAGGUUCUACCUUAUAAACCCAGGGCAUGGUAUUCUCUUCCUGCAGAAGUAUUUGUUUCUGAUUCACUAAAGGUUUUAGAGCUUGAGGGGUGUACAAUAGGGGAUCGGAUUGCCAAUGUUGAUCUUUCACAUCUGCAGAAGUUCAAGAUUCAAACUUGCCAGUUUGCGGGCGAGAAUGUGUUGUCUCGGAUUAUAAGUGGCUGCCGGCUGCCCAGAGAUGGAGUUUCUGGAAGUGGAACAAUGCGAGGGUUUGGAAAGUUUUCUCUCCAUUCCAAGUAAAUCAAGAUUGAAAUACUUUAGAAUUGGGUGUGAUGGAGAGCCCGAGAGGAUUGAAAUCUCUGCACCAAGUCUUGAAACAUUAUAUUGUUUUGGAAUAAAACCGUGCUCCAUUGACUUUACUUGUUGCACUGGUCUGAAACGUUUAAAAUUGGGUGGAGAUAAAACCGCCUUCUUCUUCAUCCUCCAUCAUCACCUUCCUCCUUUGCCGUCUACUAAUUCUGUCGCCGUCUUCUUCUUGCUCCUCGACCUACUCGUCUUUCUCCAUUGCCACUUGCGAUUGAUGCGUCAAUUUAACACCAUAGUAGGAGUGUCUCAAGUUUAAUAUAUUACUCCGUAUCAUUGUGAAAUUAAACUUUUAGUCUUAAAUUUAACAUCAAUAUGAUAGAAUUUUAAAAAAUAACAAUCCGUAAAAAAGUACCAUAAAAGAAGAACUAGAGACGUAAUAUUUGAUAAUAAACGAUUCUAUAUCGAAAUUCUUUUCUAGAAAAGACUUAUUAUACUCCCCCUGUCCUAAAACUUUCUUCCCACUUCCCCUUUUUCCCGUCUUAAAACUACCUUCCCAUUAGAAAAAAAAGAUGACAAAUGACAUUAAUACCCUCAUGUAUUUACACCAAUUAUCUUCUAACUCUAUAUUUUGAAUGAUUGCAAAAAAAAAUUCAAAAAAUCUUUUUUAAGGAGGGUAAAAUUUAAAGUCAAAGCCAAAAAUUUAAAAUGGGGAAAAGUCAAACAAGGAAGAAAGAAUUAGGACGGAG